GCAGAACAGGAUGAAAUGUAUCAAAGCAGACGUCAACGCUGUACCUGUUUAAAGGAGCCGGGAACCAGGAGGAAACGUUCAUCGACAUAGUCUGUGCGCCAAGGAAAACUGCGAGAAUUUUACUUGGAAGUGUUUUAGAAAAAAAACUAACUAUUUUGGAAACAGCUUAAGACUUAAAGAAGUGUAGUUAGAGAGGUUUAUGAAAUUAAAACACAAGCAGAUGAGCGCAACCGAGAGGAUUACAGGGGAAAGAUGUUAAAAAGAUGAGGAAAACAAUACAGGCUAAUUAUUAGAGAAGCGGUCGGAGUGGGAAUUUCAUUUGGUGAACAGCCGGACAAUGGCUUGAUUUGUUUUUUUCUUUCUUUUUUGGGCUGCGAAGAAGCUGCAUUCAUGACCGAGGAGACGGAAAAGAAACUUUACCGCGUGUGCGUGGGAUAUUUCAUUCUAUGAAACUAUUUCGCUUUCUCGUCUGUUAGCGGAACCACCUGUUUCUGGACGGAUUUUCUUGAUUCAUCAUGUCCAAAGUGGUACAGAAAAAGAAUCACUGGACCACCAAAGUUAACGAGUGCACGAUCUCUAAGGACGCCCGCGGCGAGCUGAACGUGCAGCUGCUCGGCGGUGCGGAGAACGGUGAGUUCGCCUAUAUCGGACACGUUAACGGGAAUGCCGUACAGUACAGACAUGGGAAAGUGUCCGAGGGGGAAUUACUGCUGGAAGUGGAGACGCUCUCUGUCUCUGGAUUGCCGCUGUAUGAUGUGCUGACAGUGAUCAAGAACUGCAAGGGACCUAUUAGGUUGAAAACUGUGAGGCAAGGAAACAAACUCAAUAAAGACCUGAAGCGCUACCUGAGCCAAAGGUUUCAGAAAUCCUCCGCUGACUACGAGCUUCAGCAAACCAUACGUGACAACCUCUACCGCCACGCUGUGCCUUGUACGACCCGCUCCCCUCGUGACAGAGAGGUGCCAGGAGUAGAUUAUAAUUUUUUGUCAGUGGACGAGUUUCUGAAGCUUGAACAGAGUGGGACACUGCUGGAGAUUGGAUCUUACGAAGGUAACUAUUAUGGAACACCCAAGCCGCCCAGCCAGCCCCCUAGUGGGAAAGUGAUUACUGGCGAUGCUCUGCAAGACAGCCUUCCUGGUUCCCAGCAGUCAACCCCACGCCGCACCAAGUCCUACAAUGAGAUGCAAAAUGCUGGAAUAGUGCCUACAGAGACUGAGGAUGAUGAUGAGGUUCCUGAAAUGAACAGUAGCUUCACAGGAGACUCGAGUGAACCGGACGACCACCCCUCCGUGCAGCCCUUCGCCCGUGACCACGUUCUACCCUACGGGCUCAACAACACCUCAGCGUCAACCACGGAGAGCUCUCAGAAUACACACACACACCCCGGCUAUCCCACGGAAGAGGACCCUCUGGGGCCUCUGCCCGAAAACUGGGAAAUGGCCUACACUGAGAACGGAGAGGUCUACUUUAUCGACCACAACACAAAGACAACAUCCUGGAUAGACCCCCGAUGCCUGGACAAACCUCAGAAACCCCUGGAGGAAUGUGAAGAUGAUGAAGGGGUACAUACAGAGGAACUGGACAAUGAGCUAGAGCUGCCCACAGGCUGGGAGAAGAUUGAUGAUCCAGUGUACGGGGUGUAUUAUGUUGAUCAUAUUAACAGGAAGACGCAGUAUGAAAACCCAAUUCUGGAGGCUAAAAGAAAGAAGCAACUGGAGCAGUCUCAGCCCGCUGAAGGUGAGCAGUAUAUCCAAGAAUGGAUAGAGGAGCAUUCGUCAGGAGCACCGCUAGCGAGCUAUGCUGCUAACCACCAAGAGACUUACAGAGAACCUGGCACCGCCCCUCCACUAGCAUCCCAACUGGGGGCUAAACGAGGGAAGCCAUUUUUCACAAGAAACCCUGCAGAACUGAAGGGGACAUUCAUUAACACCAAGCUGAAGAAGAGUAGGCGUGGGUUUGGCUUCACCGUAGUAGGAGGAGACGAACCAGAUGAGUUCCUUCAGAUUAAGAGUCUGGUGCUUGAUGGACCAGCUGCCCUGGAUGGAAAGAUGGAAACCGGUGACGUUAUCGUGAGUGUGAACGACACUUGCGUGUUGGGUUACACACAUGCCCAGGUUGUGAAGAUCUUCCAGUCCAUCCCUAUCGGCUCUAUGGUCGACCUUGAACUUUGCCGUGGCUACCCCUUACCCUUUGACCCUGAUGACCCCAACACCAGCCUGGUGACUUCUGUGGCCAUUCUGGACAAGGAGCCCAUCAUCGUCAAUGGAAAAGAAAGCUACGACUCGCCAUCCAGCCACGGGAGCGGAACUACAGGUGGUGGCGGUAGUUUGAAUGGCUCCAGUGACCCACCUCGCCCCCACAGCCCUUCAGCGGAGGUGGCUUCUAAUGGCUCUCAUGGUUAUCCCAGUGAUGUGGUGACAUUGGCGUCUUCGAUCGCAACCCAGCCGGAGCUCAUUACUGUCCACAUGGAGAAGGGUGACAAAGGAUUUGGCUUCACAAUAGCAGACAGCCCGUCUGGGGGAGGCCAGCGAGUGAAGCAGAUAGUGGAUUACCCACGAUGCAGAGGUCUGAGGGAGGGAGACAUCAUCAUGGAGGUUAACAAGAGGAACAUGCAGAACCUGACACACAAUCAGGUGGUCGAUCUGCUCAGCAAGUGCCCCAAGGGCAGUGAGGUGACCAUGCUGGUGCAAAGAGGGGUGGCACCUGCGAAGAAGAGCCCCAAACUGCAACAGUUGGAGCGCAAGGACAGUCAGGGCAGCUCCCAGCACAGCGUGUCCAGUCAGCGCAGCAUCCACACUGACUCUCCCCUCCACGCCUCCCAGGCCCUGCUUAACGAGUCGGCCGCUCCACCACCCCCCUCUCAGCCCCUGCCAAGCCUGCCCCAGGACCCUCCGGUAGACGGAACUCUCCAGAAGAAACCAGAUCCCUUUAAAAUCUGGGCCCAGUCCAGGAGCAUGUAUGAAAGUAGGCUGCCUGAUUACCAGGAGCAGGAUAUUUUCCUGUGGAGAAAAGAUACCGGCUUUGGAUUCAGGAUCCUUGGAGGCAAUGAACCUGGCGAGCCGAUUUAUAUUGGCCACAUCGUGAAAUAUGGAGCAGCCGAUGAAGAUGGGCGUCUGCGAUCAGGAGAUGAGCUAAUUUGUGUGGAUGGAACGGCUGUUGUGGGAAAAUCCCAUCAGCUAGUCGUUCAACUCAUGCAACAAGCCGCAAAACAGGGUCACGUCAAUCUGACCGUGAGGCGCAAGACUGGAUAUGGAUUGGCAAAGGUGGAUGGUGAGAUGCCUCCUUCUCCAGCCUCCUCUCACCACAGCAGCACACAGGCCCCGUCUUUGACCGAGGAGAAGCGCACGCCGCAGGGCAGCCAGAACUCCCUCAACACGGUCAGCUCCGGGUCAGGCUCCACCAGCGGCAUUGGCAGCGGAGGCGGGGGCGGCAGCAACAACACGGUGGUCCCCAAUGCCAUCCAGCCCUACGAUGUGGAGAUCCAACGUGGAGAGAAUGAGGGGUUCGGAUUUGUCAUUGUGUCAUCAGUGUCAAGGCCCGAAGCGGGCACCACUUUCGCUGGAAACGCAUGUGUGGCAAUGCCUCAUAAAAUAGGUCGCAUCAUCGAGGGAAGCCCAGCUGACCGCUGUGGGAAACUAAAAGUCGGAGACCGGAUCCUGGCUGUAAACAGCUGCUCCAUCACCAAUAAGUCCCACUCGGAUAUCGUCAACCUGAUCAAAGAGGCUGGAAACACGGUGACGCUGCGGAUCAUUCCAGGAGACGAGUCUUCCAAUGCAUCACUGCUGACCAACGCUGAGAAGAUUGCAACCAUAACUACCACACACACACCUCAACAGCAAACUGCACCUGAGCCAAGAAACAACACCAAACCAAAACAGGAGUCUUUUGAGUUCAAAGCCCCACAAGCACCACCUCCUCCAGCUCCAACACAGCCUUCAAAUCAGGAUGCUGAGUUUUACUCUGUUGAUCUGGAGAGGGACAAUAAAGGCUUUGGUUUCAGCCUUAGAGGGGGUCGAGAGUACAACAUGGACCUGUAUGUGCUGAGACUAGCAGAGGACGGAGCAGCCGUGCGAAACGGAAAGAUGGGGGUAUCGAUGGUUGCUCCCCAAGUCGCUGCUUGUAUGAGAUCUGAAAAGACAGGAGAGCCUGCUUUCUACCAAAAUCAGACCACGGAGAGGGACAAUAAAGGCUUUGGUUUCAGCCUUAGAGGGGGUCGAGAGUACAACAUGGACCUGUAUGUGCUGAGACUAGCAGAGGACGGAGCAGCCGUGCGAAACGGAAAGAUGGGGUAUGUGACAACUGAGUUCACCCAUAAUUACUCAUAUCUUACAGACGGCAUCAACGACGGCAACGGCCUCGGCGCCGGUGCACAAACUGUUUCGGAAGUGAACACAGCUCCUCCCGAAAGUCGGCCCCACCCACCAUCGGAGUCCAGCUAUCCACCAGACCUUCACAAAUCAUCACGAAAUGACGACAGGAGGGCACGGGAGUCGGGCCAACGGGAGCACGGCCACCGGUCAAACCACCGCCACAACAACCACAGACACCGCUCCCCUGAAAAGAAGAACAGGAGCAAGGGGCACAGCAAGGACAGUGGAGCCUCAAAGCCUCACAAGAGGAAGGGCGACAAGAAGAGGUCCAGCACAGAUGACUCACACCACCACCACCACCACCACACUCACAACCAGAACCACCAUCACCGGAGGCACCGCUCCCCAGAGAGGCGUAGAGCUCGGAGCGCCGAGAACACCUUGGACAGUCGGUACGACCAGAGACACGGUCGCUCACCGAAUAGACGCCAUCAUCGCCACUCUUCUCCUCGCAGACACAGUUCACCUCAGCGUUCACCCCACCGAUCAGGUUAUCGCCGCAGUUCUCCUUACCGCCGUAGAUCCCCCUACCAUUCCCCUCAACGAUCCAGAUACCAGUCUCCCUCGAGGCGGCCUACAGCUUCCUCAAAUAAACCCUACAACGGUGAGUUGGACAGGGGGCUGGAUGUGACCUUAAAAGAACCUCCUCCGAAACCUCCAUACCGAUCCGAGAGCAUUCCACAUUUGGCGGCAUCCCUGGGCCAGCUCGAUCUGGAAGACACCCUUCCAAGAGAGCCGCCCAGCUACCUUGACGAUCUUUCCCCUAUGGACCGAGCCUAUCGCGACUCAACCCUUUUCCGCGGGACUUCUCGCAUCGACACCCUUCCCCGUGUUCGGACGCCCGACUCGGAUUCAGCCUUUCAGAACUACAACUCGUUAUUAAGGGGCCGCUCCCCAGUGAGAAGUGGGGGCAGACAGGACGGAUACCGUCGAGACGAGUCUCCGGUUUCAAACUCGUACCGGACGAGGAGUCUAAGUCGAGACCUGUCUCCCAUCAGAGGUUACCGCGAUGAGGAUGAAGAGGAGGUCGGAUCUCAGCUGAGUGAGUAUUAUAGCACGCUCAGAUCCAAUUACAGUAGAGCUAACAACAAUGUACCUGAGUCGAGGAGGAAGGCCUACAAAGACAGCCCCAAAGACCUCAGCAUCUGAUGGGUCGGCUAGGAAGGACACCAUUCCCAGAACCCACUGUCCACACAAGCCUUCAUCCAAGGACUGCGCAGAACCUGAAUACUAAAUUAUUGAUUUGAAAUCUGGUGUUUUCUCAUGGUUGAACCUCUUUACAACUCUCAACAGCAGAAGAAUGAGUUUGUUUCUUUCCAUCGAAGUGUCAUUUUGGUUUCUUUUAUGACCCUUUUUAUAAAUCUGCUAGCAGUUCUACAGAGUUUGACAACUAUGUAUAAAGAAAACGAUUAUGUGCCUAACAGUACCAUUCUUGGUGUUUUCUUUUUUGUUUUUCUUUCGUUUUGUUUUACAAAGGACAGCCUUUUGGACUACUGUCUGAUUAUGAAAACUUCUGUUACAGAGAG